AAUAAAAGCUGUCUAGCAUGGCUAGGGUUUAGGAUUAAUACACUUAGGGCACCAAAAAUGGAGAGAUAAAGGGCAUAAUUGUAGUGAGUCAAAAAGAAUCUGGAUUCUUCCUCUCCCACUUUCUUUUAUAGAUUUGAAUGAGUGAAACCCAUUUCAUCUCUUCAUCUCACAAAGCUAGGGUUCCUUAUUUGUUGUUCUUAAAACUCCCUCAUCACCAUGAUGAAGAAACGCCAAGUGAUUGUGAAAAGAACAGAUGGAUCAUCAAAUAGGAACAGCAGCAGCAGCACAUCAUCAUCAGCUGUGAGAAGCUUGGUUAGAUAUGGAGAGUGCCAAAAGAAUCAUGCUGCCAAUAUUGGUGGAUAUGCUGUUGAUGGAUGCACAGAAUUCCUUGCAAAUGGAGAAGAAGGCUCUAAUGGAGCUCUUACUUGUGCUGCUUGUGGCUGCCACAGGAACUUCCAUAGAAGAGAAGUUGAAACUGAAGUGGUUUGUGAAUACUUUCCUCCAAAUGCUUGAAAACAUCCAAAAUUAUAUAUAACAACACCCUUUUCAUAAUUCAUAUUCAUAUAUAUUGAUGUCACUAAGAAUGAUUGUGGUUUGAAACAUAAGAGAUUUGUAAUUAAAUUGUGUAUUGAUUUGCUUUUUUUUUUCUUC